CGAGAAGAAAGCCAAAUCCGGUGGUGGCGAGAUGACCGAGGAGGAGAAAGCCUUCAAGGCUAAGCAGGUAUGAAUUUAAGAGUCUACUGCUUUCUCUUUUUUGCAGGGCUUUUUCCAGAAAUGCAAGUAAAUUUCUUUGGCAGCGAGUUUUCGACCGCGCAACAUAAAGAAUGUGUCGUUUCCAAACCCUAAAACAGGCUGCCGAGAAGAAGGCGGUCGCUGCAGCGGCGGCGGGAAUCAAGGGAAAGAAGAAGUAACUCCGAGGAAUUACUUCUGGCGAUUCAUCUUCCUGCACUCUAGGAUGGUUUUUUUACAACGACGAAGCGGCUAGCUAACGAUGCUGCUGCGGACGACAUGAUCAGAAAUUCACAUGCGGUUGCAAUAGCGACCAAAAAAGCGAGCAGAGCUUCAUGAGCUGGUAAAAAUCCGACCAUGAGUGGUUCGACGUACGUGCAAACUGUGCAAGCAAAGACAUUCCUUUUUUUCUAAAUCCUUUAGCGAAGUCCGAGUUACGGCCCCCAAAGCCUGUUCUGUACCUUGCGCAAGUCCGUUGGACUACUAUGGGAUAGUCGAUUUUUACCAUGCAGCAAAAUAAAUCAGAGACAACACCUCACCAAGGUCGCAUUAGAGUCAUCAUUAUCGCUGUUCGACGAGAAAAUGAUUUGAUCGCUUUCGCCCUGCAUCUUCGCUUCAUCGUCUACACAUCGCAAUCGUACUUUAGUUUCUUCCCAGAUCUUCACUGAGGUUCUACUUUCGUUAAAUCGUUGAUCGUUGAAACUUUUUUUUUGUCUCUCGUUUGCUACUGACGCUUGUAUGAUCGCUGCACGGCUGCGGUUGUAAUAUUCUUCGUCCGUUAUUUGCACUGAUCACAUGCUAUGAUCCAUUCAUAUAGUUUGUGUUGUGCUUCAGCUUUUUGUGCUGGUCGUGGUUCAUAUCGGGGCAGUUUUCCUGUUGUAGAUUUUGAUUUACGAGCGUGAGAGGCAUUAACAACGCACAGCAAAAUAAUGUCCUUCAAGGCUCACCACCUCUACACCUCCUUCGCCGCCUACGCCGAUUCCGCCCAGUGCAAUUUCUGUUGCAAACCCACCAUUUACGGAUGCAAACGGCGUUUCGGGACCCGUCUUCCCGACACGGAUCCUUGCGCGGAGGUGAGCUGCAAAAACCCGAAGUUCGGCUGCGGGUGGGUGCCAAAUUUGCGGAAUGUGAUGAAAGUCCCAAGCGAUUUGGAGACGAAAUCCGGAGGUUAUAACACGAGGAUACGGGGGCCGGAUCCAAAUAUGAGGGAAUUGAUGCCAGAUCCGAAGAAGGCGAAGUGCUUGGCUUGCUCGGAUAUCACAAGCGUAUUGCCAGAGGAUAAGAUGGUAGGCUGCGUUCCCUACACGACGGAGGAGCAGCACUUCGAGAUUUUACGAUCAGACGGGCUGAGCCACCAUCCUCUGAGGAAGCACAAGGCGGACAUACGGCCGUAUGUGGGGAAGAAUGCGUGGAAAGCGCCGAUGGGUACGAUUCUCUCUUUGAUCUUGCAUAUCAUGCAUCCAAGCGAAGUUUUUUUGUAUACGUGAUUGACAUCGCUUAGCUGCCCCUUGCAAUACGAAUCAACAAAGCAGGUCUUUUCUCCGGGCAAGACAUGUCUUACCCCUACCCCGCGGAUUGGGUUCAUCAGUACCGGAAAUCGAUGCCGUACGUGAAUGAUUUUCUCCUUCCGGACGAGAAGAACGGCGGAGCGGAUAGGGUGAACAUGACGGGUAAUUCAUUGUUCGAGGCCGGGAAGCGCCAGCUAAGCCACCCGGUGGAGGAGCUCAUGGCGGCAGGGAUUGGCGCAAGGCCAGACCCAGAUUUGUUUAGGAUAGCAGUAGGAGCAGAUCCUUCGAACAUGGGAAAGUACUAUGCAAAGGUGUACAUGCCGGAGUUGGCAUUUUGA